AUGGCACAAAAUAACGAAAACGAGCAGAGCGAGUGCAAGAAAUCAGUUGAGCUGGAAAACAGCGCACAAAAGGUGUGGACACAUUCACGCAUGCGCAAAUUUAACUUCUCUCAAUGGCCACAGCUUAGAACCCCGUCUCGCAGAAUUGUAUUAUUUAUUUUGCUUUGUGCUUAUUUGUUCUCAUUUGGAGAAUUUUUUUUUUUUUUUUUUCUUUCAGAUGUUUUCCCAACUACAUUUGAAGGAUCUAAGUUAAUGAUUAAUAAAAUGCUGAGUAGUCAUUUUCAGGUUAGUCACUCUAUAAACUUGAGCAUGAGCAAUACGACUCCUUCGGGAUAUCGUUUUGGGGCCACUUAUGUUGGAUCUAAUCAAGUUGGUCCUAUGGAGGCAUAUCCAAUUUUAUUGGGUGAUAUUGAUCCUAGUGGCAACCUGAGUGCUCAUAUCAUUCACCAAUACAAAAAUAUACGUGGAAAAUAUGUUGCUCAGGUCCAAGACUCAAAAUUUGUUGCUUCUCAGCUCGCUCUUGAUUACAAGGGGUUAGAUUACACAGCUUCUUUAAUGCUAGCCAACACAGAUAUCCUGAAUAAUUCAGGGGUGGCUGUCCUACAUUAUCUUCAAAAUGUUAUUCCAUCUUUGGCACUUGGUGCUGAAAUGGUAUGCCAGUAUGGUCCUCAAGUUCCUGGAGGUCAUGUGUCUGCAAUGUCUUUAGCUGGAAGGUAUACAGGGUCUAAUUAUACUGCAAGUGCAACAGUGAAUCUUGCUUCUCUGCAUGCUUGUUUUUAUCGUAAAGGUGGUGAAAAUAUGCAGAUGGGUGUUGAAUUGGAAACAAACUUAAGGUUAGGAGAAACUCUAUGUAGUAUAGGAUAUCAAAUUGAUCUUCCUAAAGCAAAUUUAAUGUUUCGAGGUAAGAACUUUUUAACAUUUUUUACUUUUCUGCCAAACUCAUCAUUCAGCUGUUAA